CGCGCAAUUAUUAUGUUUACAGAGGGCGCUUUUGUCGGUCACCUGCUCUGACGUAUUUCCCAAUUUAAUGAUUAUGAAUGGAAAAAGUGGUGAUGAAAUAUUGUGCCAAAUUGUUUUUACUCAAUUUAUAGACCAUUGAAACGUCCCUGCGUAUGAAAUUGCAAUGGCAAAUGUAUUAUUGUUUCCUUUAACUUUAACUGAUACCUAUUGUGUGCUUCUAAAACGGGAAAAUGUACGUUUAUUAGCAUAAGUUUAUCUUCAUUUUGGAUGGAAUGUUUACAACAAACGCACUGACGAUUUAAUAAAUCAAUGUUUCUGCGUAUAAAAUGAGGACACUGUUUAUUUGGUGUUGUUUGGUGGUUUAUAAGGCUCAAGGGGACCAUAAACCUGCUCCAUCAAAGGACAAAAUUAGGGACACUUCAAUUGAUUUAGAAUAUCUUGAAAAUGGAAAAAUAGUGACUAUAAGCAAUUCUUAUAGCGGGCAUUAUUUCACGGACAUUCAUACAAAAGACGAUAUACCCAAGGUGAAGGGUCAGUUGGUAAAGUUCAGAAGUAAAUCGUCUGAUAAUCAAACCAACGACUACCUGCACAGAGGUUGUGGACCGGUGGACCCAAGUAUAGUGCCUAGUAUUAAGUGGAUUGCUUUGAUUAUUCAAGGCAACUGUACAUUUAACGAGAAGCUGUAUUAUGCCACAACCCAGUCAAAUGCUUCUGCUGCCAUAAUAUACUGGGGCGAGCACGAGCACGACAGCAAUGAAAUAAUAAUGACAGCUUCGGGCACUGGCAACAAAACGGUCCAUAAUGCUGUGGCAAUCUCUAUAUCAAACCGUCAGGGGCUGGAACUUUUAGGACUAAUAGAGAAGUUUGGCACAGUUAAUGUGACCUUGACCCCUGAGGCCAUGGAGACUAAGGAUCCACCUACACCCCCGCCCCUAAGCAACACGUCUGUCCUUUUUGUGUCAAUAUCGUUUGUGGUGCUGAUAAUCAUCUCAUUGGCGUGGUUAGUGUUCUAUUACAUUCAGAGGUGUCGGUACACCAAUGCCAAGGAGAGGCUGAGCAGACGUCUGGCGAAUGCUGCCAAGAAGGCGAUAGCCAAGAUACCCCAGAGGAGUGUGAAAGUCGGUGACAAGGAGCUUGAUGCAGAUGCUGAUCAGUGUGCUGUGUGCAUAGAGCCCUACAAGGUGUCUGACGUGAUUCGAGUCCUUCCCUGCAAGCAUGUGUUCCACAAGUCAUGUGUGGACCCUUGGUUGCUGGACCAGAGGAGCUGUCCCAUGUGCAAGAUGGACAUCCUCAGACACUUCGGCAUGCAUUUGAAUGACAGUCAGGAGAGUGUGCCACAGGACGCUGAGAGUGGGGCCCUCAGCUCCACACCCGUGAUAGAGGAGUCAGAGCCCCUGUCCCAGGAGGACGAACAAGGGGCUGUGGGCGGGGUCAAAAUAGUGCUCUUCCAGCGCCCGCUGAGGUUCCGCCGUGACUCUGGCUUGCGGGGUCAGUACCCGGGCUUCAGCAGUGACAGUGACAGCCUGUCUAGCCCUGUGGCCCAGUGUCACAUAGAGUGCACCAGCGAGGCUACGGUUGAGGGGAGGGAUAGGCUGGGGGUGGGGGUGGAAGUUUCCCAGUGUGGGGUGGGGCUGGACUCUGAAGAUGACAGCUUGGAGAGCCAUUCCCUGAUCACAGGUCUGCCCAUGGCUGGGAGGCAGGUAUUGAACAAGGGGGGCAAGAAGUGGGCGGUCGUUACUCCGUGUAUGACAAGUAGUGCUGCGGCUAGGCUACCGAACACUGAGGAGAGCGACGUGUGUAAAGAUCUUAAUUUUGGUGGGUGCCAGGAUACUGCUAGCGUGGCUAGUGUGUCAUGGCGGCACAAACACCCGUCAUCUCACAGCUUAAGUAGCAGUAGUCUACAUUCGGAAGAGGGUAUAGUGCAAGUAGUGCAAGGGACGUCAAGAGGUUGAAAUGGUGUAUUAGUGAAGACUUGACAUUUCACAGAAAGUGCUGUUUUUGAUCUUGAUAAACCAAAGAUUGCAGUAUAAUUUAUAUUCUGUGUGAAUUUACAUUUGUGUUUAUUAUCAAUUUAUUCUGAAGAGAAUUCAUUGAACCAAUUAUUGUAUGCAGUGAAAACAGAAUAUUAAAGCUGUGUGUUGUUCUUCCCUAAGGGAACACAGCACUCAAACUGUCUACAACUGGACACCAGAAAUAUGUGCCAAGUUUAUUGGACAUAUAACAUUUGUGUGCAUUUAUUUAUUAGCUUUAUUAGCUUUUAGGAAAAAGCUUUUCAUCUGUUUGCAAUAAAGAUUGCAUUAUGGAUGAUUUGAAAGCAAAUUAAUAAUUGAAUGCCAAAUUUUCUUGUCAGAUAAUCACUUUAAAUGAUGUAUAAUGAUGUAACAUUAUUUUAAAGUGAUUGUUUUGAUUUCUGAAAUAAUAGACUAGCAGUUGUCUGUGAGAAAAGACGACAAAUAAGGGCUUGGUGUUCUUCAGUUUGAGCCCAACUAAGCCACAUAGAGCGUGUGAAAUAAUUUCUAUGUUGAUUCGUCCUCUUAUUCAAGAAGGGCACCUGCCAGUUACUGACAUGAUUAUGUACAUUAUAAUUGACCUUUCGACAGCCGAUUGAUUUACAGGCUUAUUAACCAAUCAGAUUACAGCAUUGAUUAGGCCCGUUUCUAUCCGCCAUUUUGUCCGUCAAACUCGCCGUUGUCCGACACAUAAGCUUAUACGUUAUUCUGUGUUUUAAACAAAGAAAAUGGUUAAACGGUGCUGUAAUGGCACUUGUAAUUCAGACACAAGGUAUCCAGAACGGUUAAAAGAUGGAACUACGUUUUUUCCGUUCCCUAAACCGGGUACUAAUCUUAAAAAAUGCAAACGUUGGAUUCGUCUUUGUGGUCGUCCACACGAACAGCUUAAUCUCAACAUAUUAAGCGAUUGCCCGAAAGCAAAACACCUCUACGUUUGUUCUAAGGUCGUUAUAAUAAGAUACUACCCGAAAAUAGAAAAGGUAAGUUUUGAAACGGACACUAUAGAAAACGAGUAUCACUUUUUACUUGUUUGUUCUCUAUAUAGAGAAAUUAGAAAGGAACAUUUAAAACCAUAUUUUCAAAGGUGGCCAACUUUAAAUAAAUUUGAAACUCAUACUGUAUGUGAUAAUUGGCGAUAAUUGGCCGACUUUGAUUAUAAAAUUAACGACUUUUAAGUAGACUAAUAAAAAAGUUAUGACUAUUUAAUAGAUAAUUAUAUUCAGCAUAACUAUUCAAUGAUAAUAAAAAAUAUUGUAUGGCCUUUCUGGUAUGCCAUGAGGCGUUUUUGGUUCACUUAUGCAGCCUUUUUGGGAAGCCUUUUUGGUAAACGGCCUUUCUGGUACUGUAUCUUUGAGGGGAGCUAAACACCCAUUUGAUACAUGUCAUUAAACACAUUUUAAAUAAACAUGAUAGCAAUAGAAAAUUUUCAUGUAAUUUGGGCUGAAAUCAUCGGGAAUAUCUUCCAACUUACCGAUUCACGUAGCCAGUUUUAUGACGGACUUCAGCGGAGUGACCUCCCUUGAAAUCGGGGGGCGUGGCUUCACUCUCGCUGUCGAAAGGUGAAUUCUGAUAAACCCCAUAUAUCAACUAAGCUUAAUCAAGAAGUCAGAAUCUGUGCACUGAUUGACUUUAUAUGACUGAAUUGAUGUUUCAUGAUACAGAAAAUCAAAGUAAACAACUUUACUUAAAUUCAUCGGUUUAAAUUUAAUAUUAGAAAUUGAUAAAUUCACAACUUUUAUUUAAUGUUUUAUGUAAGUACCUUAGUUAGUCAUUGAUAACUAUUAAUUUAUUGGUAUAACAAUUGUAUGAGGUAAAUUGUUUGAGGGAAAUUAGACAUUAGAUAUCAUAGGCUUGAAGGCAAUACUACAAUAUGCAUUGUUAGCUCACCUAAGCUCAUAGUGCUCAUUGGGAGCUUUAAGGUUACCAUGUUGUCUGUCAGUCUGCUGUGUGUGCAUGUGUUAACUUUUUUUUUUUAAACAACUCUUACAGUUUUUCAGAUUUAAAUGAAACUUCCCAGGAUUGAUCCUUGUGUGACCCUCUUUCAAGUUGUUCAAAUUGGUCAAUUCCAUUGUAUAUGUUGGUCACCUGAGCUAACUAUGAGGGUCCGGGUUUUAAUACUUGGUGUGAAACAUCAACUCUGAAGUUUUUUCAUAUUAUAACCCUGGAUUUGAAAAUGGCCAAGCCCAAGAGGACAGUUGACAUAUAUAUUGAUUUGUAUAGCAAAAUAACUUAAAAACCCUUUUUCUUUUAUAACUAGUCCUUGAAGUGUAAUAAUAGGCAUAAACCAUCCUAUGGUGUCCUGUACCAAGUUUGUUCAUAUGAUGACUGGUGGCAAAAUUGGCUCCACCUUAAAGGUACCUUGUUUUAAUUUUAUGUUUAUAUUGAAAACUUUGAAAAUCUUCCCUGAAACCACAAGGCCCAGAGGUUUGGUGUUUAGCAUGUCACAUAAUAUUGAGGGCCGCUGCUAAAUCCUGCCACUGGGGGUCAAAACUGUACCUUCAGGAGAUAGUUACUAGUUUCCCUUAUAUAUUAUACAGAGAAAAAAAAAGUUCUCAUGAAAUCACAUGGUAAAAAGUUUGGUAUUUCUAAUGUAACAUCUUAUUGUAUUUCUCUACCAUCUUUGUUCAAAGCAUGAACAAAUCCCUUGGGUCGAAAAUCGUCCACAUACAGGCGAUAACUUUUUCCUUCUACUUCCCUUAUACAAAUGUUUGGACUUUGUUAUGUAACAUAAUAUGAAUUAUACGAUGGCGAUUUGCCAAGUUUGCUAAAUGUCCCAGGGGUCUUAAGUGGAAGUGGCCUUCUGACAACCAGGAUGCUAGGCAGUAUUCUUUUCAUGGCUAUUGUGUAAUCUUGGGAAUGCUUAAAUAAUAUAUAUAUCUUGCCCAAUCAUCAUAAAACUUAUUGAGAAAAUUUUUGUUGAAUGAUGUUUUUGCUGAUUUCUAGAAUGGUAAUGGAAAUAUCGCAAAAGCUUCUCAGAAAAGUUCAGUUCUUUUGGGUUUCAGAUCAAGGGCCUUUAAGCCUCUGGUUAUUGUGCCUCCGGUAGGGUGGCAUAUAGCAGUUGAACUGUCCGUCAGUCAGUAUGUCAGUAUGUGUGUAUGUCAGUAUGUGUGUAUGUCAGUAUGUGUGUAUGUCAGUCUGUCCGUAAAAAAACUUAAACGUUGGCCAUAACUUUGCAUUAUUGAACAUAGAAACUUGAUAUUUGGCAUGCAUGUGCAUCUCACGGAGCUGCACAUUUUGAGUGGUGAAAGGUGAAGGUCAAGGUCAUCCUUCAAGGUCAAAUGUCUAAUAUAUGGCGUUUGUCCGUCUGUCCAAAAACUUUAACAUUGGCCAUAACUUUUUCACUUUUGAAGAUAGCAACUUGAUAUUUGGCAUGCAUGUGUAUCUCAUGGAGCUGAACAUUUUGAGUGGUGAAAGGUGAUGGUGAAGGUCAUCCUUCAAGGUCAAAUGUCAAAUAUAUGGCGUCUGUCCGUCCGAAAACUUUAACAUUGUUCAUAACUUUUUCAAUAUUGAAGAUAGCAACUUGAUAUUUGGCAUGCAUGUGUAUCGCAGAAGCUGCACAUUUUGAGUGGUGGAAGUUCAAGGUCAAGGUCAUCCUUCAAGGUCAAAGGUCGAACAAUUUUUUAAUUUUUUUUUUCAAAGCGGCGUUCUCAUGAAGCUGCACAUUGUGAGUGGUUGAAGUUCAAGGUCAAGGUUAUCCUUCAAGGUCAAAGGUAAAAAAAUAAAAAAAUUCAAAGCGGCGUUCUCAUGAAGCUGCACAUUUUGAGUGGUGGAAGUUCAAGGUCAAGGUCAUCCUUCAAGGUCAAAGGUCAAUUUUUUAUAUUUUUUUUAUUAUAUUUCAAAGCGUCGGAAUAGGGGGCAUUGUGUUUCUGACGAACACAUCUCUUGUUUAGUAUGAUUUAGAAAUGUGCUAGCGUAUAACUACUUACAUGCGGUUCUGGCUAAAUUUGUUAUUAAUGUAUAUAAUGUAUGAGCUAUAGGAAAGCAUGCAUGUGCAGCUUCUUUUUUUAUUGAAAGGUUGUAAACUUUCCUAAUCAAGGAAAUUAUUACUCUGUUCAAUUAUAUAUAUAUAUGUAUACACACUGUUUCAUUCGGUAUAAAACCUUUCUCACAUAUGUUAUUGUUAUAUAGAUAGAAAAGUUUUCAAGUUUGUUAAGCAGAGUGAUUGUUCUUGUUGAGAAUAAUGAUUAAGUUAAUGAUAAAUAGUGUUUUUUUUUAAGUUUGUUAUCACUUAGAAGGGUUUAACUCAGUUAUAAUACAGUAUUAACUCUUUAAAUUGUAUUACUGCCAUUUACUAGUAUAUCAAAUAAAUAUUUAUUAUGACCCAGUUUAAUGCAUUUUAUUGCAAAUAUGUACAGGUGAAACAUUAAAUUAUUCAUUAAAAUGCAGUACACGUAUACCAUAAGAUAUCAAAUAUAGCAAACGAUUAAACUGCAGAAACUCUAUUGGAAGAGAAAUUCUUGUUUUACGACGUAUUUACAGAAAAUUCUUGAACAUAAUAUAGAUAAUUUAGCAUGUCCUUAUAAUGUUCAAGCCUGAUUUUAUAAAGUUUGGUUAAGUUCUUUUGUAUUCAUUUAUUUUAUGCAUUUGCUUUAUUUGGAAAUAGGGCAUAAGACGCAAGAUUGCAAAUCAUUAUUGUGUUGUUGUGCAGAGCUUUUCAUGGUUUAAUAUGUAGGCAAAAUUGAUGAAGCAACCAAAAUAACCAUUACAUUUCUUUCUUUCAAACUGUGGCAGCUUUUUAAAGACCAAUCUGACUGUUUUAUGACUGUUAAGUUAUCUAUAUAUUACCUAACUGGAUAAACACAUAUUGUAAAAGUAUAAAAAAAAUUGAAUAUUUAUUAAAUAAUAUUGUCCAUCAGUUUCAAAUACAUUAUGUACAUUCUGAAUGCAUAUAGUUUUUUGUAAAGAAUUUCAACUAAUGCUUUGAUAUUCAUGUAAUCAUUUCAACUUCACCAGUUUAAUAGAAACCUGUGUUGCAAAGGCUUGUAUUUGCAAGGCUUCUCUUGAAAUAUUAAAUGGAGAUGUACUCAAGUAAAAGAUUUAGACAGUGUUUUUUCCGAAAAGCAGAGAUUUUGAGAAUUUUAUUAUUAUCAGAAAUUGCUCUUAGUAGAAAUAGAUUGUCCGUCUUGUAUUAACCCUGUUGAACCUGAAACCAAAUGACCUUGUCAGAUGUUCAACAUUAUUGUCAUAUAUGAAACAUUAUGAUUUUAUCAUGUAUUAAGCAUGAUGACCCUGUCAAUUUUCUAUCAUAUAUUAAACAUAAUGACCCUGUCAACUGUUAAACAUAGUAACCCUUUCAUUGUUGAAUAAGCGCAAAGAUAAUAUUUGGCUGCAACAGACGAAAGGAACCUAAUUAUAAUAUGUGGUUCUAUAUCAAUAACAAGGAACCAAUUGCAAAACAGCAAGACAAAAAAGCUCUGAUGUUAACUCUUUCAGUGCUGGAACCGAAUUUUGAAGGCCUUUGCAAACAGUUUGGAUCCAGAUGAGACUCCACAGAAAUUGGCGUCUCAUCAGGAUCCAAACUGUUUGCUAUUCUGAUAGUAUUCUUUGAAAAAAAAAUCGAAGAAAAUGCUAAUUUUAAAAAUUCAGCAGACGACAAAUUUCCCAGCGGAAAUUUGUUAACGGAACAAAUUUACCCAGGCCCUUUCAUGCAUGAAAUGUGAUAACUCUGUCAUAUGUGAAACAUAAUAACCCUUCUAGAAAACAAUCAUGUCACCUGUAGAAUAUAAUAAUCUUUUCAUAAGCACUAUUCAAGGAUGUUAUUGACCAUGACUCAAAUAUACAAUUUCAUACAUUUGAUUUUAUAGAAACAUGUGCAUUGAGUGAACUCCAAACUCCAAACAUAGUGUCUGCCUUAUUUCCUGAACUCCAUUUCCUGUAAGGAUGUUCAUGUUGUUGACGUAGGGAAGUGUGCAAUAACCAUAUUAGUUGAUGGAUUUCAUUUUUACAAUGUAAAAGUUCAGAUGACAUAUUUAGGGACUUAAAUAUAAAUAAAGACUUCAGACUAAUGAUACUGUGACUAAUUGUUAGAUUCUAAUUGCAAUUUAAUAAAGUUUUAACAGCAGACAAAGAUGUUAAGAUUUUUUUCAUACAAUUCAUUAAUUUUUAUGACAUAGUUCAGUUAUUCUUAUAAUAUUGGAUAUUGCUUCUGAUUUUUCUUGGUCUGUAAGAUUAUCUCUGCAGAAGUACCAGGUAUCUACAGAUGUAAACAAUUAAGCUGUGUCAUGCAAAAAUGGGUUUUAUGCCGUGUGCAGCCAGCAUAGCCCCAAGCCCGCAUGUUCAACUGCACCGUCUUGUCAGCCACAAAGUCAUGCAAGGUUUCAUGGUCUCAUAAGCGAAAAAAAUAGUAGCUCCUGACCAGACUGCACAGCCACUCAGUCUGGUGUUGAGCUACGCUGGCCGAAUAAGGCAUAAGGCACAUGUUUGUACAUUUUUUGUUCAAUUAAGAGAACAUAAUGUUGUCUUGUAUUGAAUAGCCAGAAUGCCUAUAGUAUGCAAUUGAUGUACCAGCUGUUUUCUGCUUCAGUCAUUACAUGCAUUAUAGAACAUAUUGAAUACAUGUAUGUACUUGAUAUUAUGUUGUCAAUCUUUCUAUAAAAAGAAUCAAUCCAUGAAUACGAGUUAUAUAUCACUCAGCAAUGAUACAUGUAUAUAACUAUCUAUUAAAUAGAGAAUCGUUCACUUCUGAAAUAGUUUACGAAAUUAUGAAUAUAAAUUUGUCCAGAAACUUGCAUGAACAGGAAUAUGAUGUUUAUAUAUAGGUGACCUUGAAUGUACCACAAUAUUUGCUGAGCACAUGCAUUGUUAGAGUCUACAGGAAUGCCAUUUUAUGAACAAGUUGUUAAACAAAGGUAGACAACCAUACCGUGUCAUAAUGACCCUUCAUUUGCAUCAUAUAUUGUUUAUUUGUAGAUAAAGAUAUUUUGUUAUAGCAUUAGAUACAGUGUAGAAUAGUGUAGUCGGUUAUUUAUGAAGAUAUUAUAGCCAUAUGUAUACUGGUAAAGAUUAAUAGAUUUAUAAUGAUGAAUGUAAACAAUCUACAUGUCUUUUAAUAAUUUUCUUGUUCAGUCUUAUUAUGCCCCAUUCGAAGAAAUGGAGGUAUAUGGGUUUGCAUGUGUGUGAGUCUGUCUGUCCGCACCAUUUUUUUAGUGAGAUAUCUGGAUAAUUAUUUGACUUUCGACCAUGCAAAUUGGUAUUAUUACUUUGUGGGAGAAAAAGAAAAAAUGCUAUCAUUUUAAGGUCAACAAGUUAAAGGACAAGAUCACAGGGCUAAAGUGUUCACAUGGGAGGAAAAUAUUAUGCAAUUUGAUUUUGAGAUCACCAGGUCCAAAAUCAAGGUGAGAUGGGAAUGUAUCAAGAAAUUGGUUUCUUAAUGAUAUCAACAAAUUGCUUUGACCUCUAAUCAUAUAUUGGUAACUGGUUACUUCAGAAGAAAUGAUGAUGAAUAUUUUGAUGUCUAUAGGUCAAACAUCAACCGAAAGUUUCGGUGAUACGGUCAAAGGUCAAUGUUUCAACGAUUUGUAUUAAAUUGGUUUCUGUACAAUAUUUAUACAACUCAUAAUAGGAUCAUAAAAAUUCAUAUGCUGAUCAAUCAUUAGAAAGGUUUAACCCUAAACAUUUACAAAUAAAGAGAUCUAAGGGCAAGGUCUCGGGGACUAUGUCGCUAGUUAGGGGCAUAUAUGUUUGAAGAAACAUUUCUUGGUAUAUCUUAUUUAUUGCUUCAAUCUUUGGAAUAGAAAUCUUAUUAAGAUUGAAUUUAAGUGACUGUCAAUGUGUUAUGAUUGACAAAAGUUUGCUCAUAUUAAUUGAAAUUACUUGUUAACAUUUUAGUUUGAAUUACAAGAGUAAAAGCUUUAUUUACAGCUUGAAUUAAGUUGACUAUAAUACAUUAAUGCUUAAAAUUUAAAAUAUGUUAAUGUCACUGUGCUUGGUCUGUGUCAUUGAAUCUUAUAUUGUAUAUUUUGUUGCCAGUUAAAUUGUGAAUAAAAUGUGGUGAAACUGCAA